GGGGGCGCAGGCCCCUCGUAGAAUUUGUAUAAUCAAUUUUAAAUUUAAAUUUUAUUUUUUAUAAAAAUUUUCCUUUAUAAUAUAAUCUCUUAUAAUUAGAUUCUACUAUACUCGUACCUAGGUACAUCUCCUGUAUAUAGGAUGAUAGACAGGCCAGUCAACAGAAUAGGGAGAUAUACUCGUGUGGAUAUAUCCAGCUUGAUCCCCACUGCAUUGUGCGUCUUGGCAGCACAAUAACGGUCAUGCCACUCCAAUGUCGUCGAGCGCCGAGUACCUAUUGCAGUAACUGACCGGUCCAAUACUAGUAGUAUCUAUGUGCAUACGGCGUCCACAAAUAUUUUUCUUCAGCAACUUUUGAUGGUCGCAACCUGAUUGUGAUGAUUAGGUUCUAUUGCAUUGCGCUAGGUCGUCUUCGUGAACGCGAGCGUCGACCAUCUAAUGAGAAUGCGGAAACAAUCAUACUUCGGACGAUUCAAGCUUUCAUCAGUAUCUCGCCGCAGUGAAGAUUAUCAUCCAUGAUGGUGCAAGAUACGAAAACAUCAUUAGCCAGCUUGGCGUGGGAGUUUGUUUCUUCUUAGGAGCGACAUUCAUCAUUCCAUGUAAGUCUCGAAGGGGUCAAGUUACCAGUGACGUUGCCCUUCUAACGAAGUUCGUAGAUGGGAGACCAAGCUACCCCUUGAAAGGACAUCAUUUUGAGAAUGCGAUGCAUAUAUUACGUGGCAAAGGUAUCGUCGAAAUCGCCAGAGAAUUUCAAGAUCUAGGCGAUCAUCUGAUCGAUCACCUGCUGAACCGUCCUUCGAUGUUAUUCGAUAAUGAGAUCAAAUCCGCUUCCACCGCACAGCAAAAUCGCAUGUCUGUUCCUUGAGCAUCUACACCCCUGUCACCAACCACCAGAUCUUCCGCAAUUCUGUCCUCCAUUACCGUGUCGUCCAGCACGACCUGGCUCACUUCGCCUGGGCCCGUAAUGAUUCAGACUUUGCACCAUUCUCAGUUGUUGCACAACAAAUCAAGCCGUGUUUCCCUUUCGGACCUACCACAGUUUUGGGUCCUUGAAUUGGCAAGCUUGCAUGAACUUUCAGAAUUUUUUACUCCCAAAAUGUACGAAGCUGUUCUCACGGUUCAUCGUGGGUCUUCAAGCGACAUUGAUACGAGAUGGACGAAGGCUGUGCGUUUCGAGCUAGCUUCUGAACAGGGUCAUGAUAUGCAGCCGGAGAUCUGUGUACCGUAUCAUAUAGCAAAUGUUGCGAAACGCACUCUCUCAAACGACGAUAGGCGGAACUUUUACGGUGAAUUCCUUUUCAAUGCUUGCAUAGACAAUAUCAGACAUAAGCAACAUAGGACCUCAUGGUUUACAGUAGAUAUGACAUACGGAGAAGGUGAACCUCGCAAGAUACAUGUGAUGUUGGAAUUUGAGCAAGGUAGACGGUUACUCGAGAAAGUCUAUCCCCCUCCAAAUUCAAGUACAAUGAAGCAGAAACUUCCCACCUUGCCCCAUGUAAGUCUGUUGGUUAUACCCGGCGAGUUAUGUCUGGCGACUCAUUCCCUCCAACAAACAAAACUAACGUCAAACUUCAUAGAACGAUGGAGUCGGGAAUACAGAGUAGCUUUGAAUAGAUAACUUUAUGCUUCCGAAUUUUCCCUGUUCUGACACUCACACCCUCUUCCUCACUCUCACCCUCACCCUUCCCACUCUCCAACUACAACUCUCCCUCACCCCUUCACUCUCUCCUUCACCAUCACCUUUCCCCUCCUUCCCUAUCUUUACCUCCAACU